UGAGAGAGAGUUAGAGAAAGAGAGCGAGGGAAGAAUGAUCGGUGGGAUUGUCUGGAUAUAAGACAUUGUUCUCUAAGCAGUAUAAGACAUUGUUCUCUAAACGAGUUGAAGGAGAAGCAGAAGGCACCCUCAAAAUGAGCAGAACAACAUUUUUUGAGGUGGAGAUUCUGGAUGCUAAAACAAAAAGACAGUUUUGCUUUUUGGACAAGGUUGAACCUCAGUCAACCAUUGCUGACAUUAAAGCACUGUUCCACAAGUCAUAUCCACAGUGGUAUCCAGCAAGACAAGCCCUGAAACUACAUCCCAUGGGAAACCAGCUUAAAGAUGAUGAAGUUUUACAGAAUCUCCCAGUUGGAACCACAGCAGUUUUGUAUUUUAGAGACCUGGGUCCACAGUUAGGCUGGACAAUGGUGUUUAUGUCAGAGUAUGCAGGACCUCUCUUAAUAUACCUCCUCUUCUACUUCCGGCUUCCCCACAUCUAUGCCCAUAAAUAUGCCUUCAGCACCAGCCCCCAUCCUGUGGUCAGCCUGGCUUGUGCUUGUCAUACUUUCCACUACAUCAAGAGGCUGGUGGAGACAAUAUUCGUGCACCGAUUCUCCCAUGGCACAAUGCCUCUAAAAACCAUUAUAAGGAACUGUGUUUAUUACUGGGGUUUUUCUGCAUGGCUGGCUUAUUACAUCAACCACCCACUCUACACCCCACCAUCAUUUGGUGAGAGACAGGUCAACUAUGCAAUAAUUAUCUUUGCAUUGUGUGAGGCAGGUAAUUUCUCUAUUCACUGGUCACUUAGCAGCUUAAAAGGAGGAGUAGGAGCUAAGUGCCGACGGUUCCCUCACCCAUCUAAAAACCCUUUUACCUGGCUCUUCUUCUUCGUGUCCUGUCCUAACUACACAUACGAGGUAGGAGUCUGGGUAGGCUUUUCCAUCAUGACUCAGUGUGUUCCAGUUGUUCUCUUCACACUGAUAGGAUUUGUUCAGAUGACGAUAUGGGCUAAGGGGAAACACAGGGCCUACACCAGGGAGUUUAAGGAUUACCCCACCUUCCGCAUGCCCAUCCUUCCUUUUGUGCUCUGACAGUGAACACUAAUUGCUCUUCAGGAUGCCUCUUUCUUCUGAGAUUAAAACAGUACCCAGUGCACCCUGUGGCAACAUGGCAGUCCCAGUCCUGGGUAGAGUUUCAGGACUACCCAGCUGCAAUGAUGCAGACUCUCAUGAUCUUCCUCUGGGGAACUCCAUGGAAACUAAAAGAACUUUAUGCCUCGUGUGAAGAACAUGUAUAAAACAUGUAUAAAAUGGAGCAGAGAGAACCAGAGGGACUGUGACUACCAGGAGCCAUAAGAGCCCAGAAGCAAAUAUUAACUAAAUAUUUUCUGAAAAUAUUAACAUCUAUAUAGAUAAAGAGAGAGCUUAAGUAAUAACUAGGGACUGUAGAAACAAUGUGAGAUAAAUUAAGAAAUGUUAAUGGUUUCUGGGUGUCUGAGGUAUUUUGUGUUUAGUUCUAUGGCUUCUGUGGCCUUGGAAUACCGGUAUUUUACAGUAGGUGCGUG